AUGUCUUGGUUCAGGAGCCUCAUCCAAGUCUCAGCCACCACCGCCAGAUCAUCGGCCCGACCCAGAAUUUCUGACCCGUUCUCCUACACUCUGCUCUCCCGCUUCAGCUCUGAGCCGGCUCGCCCGAGUCCGAUCCAUGAGACUCCGGAUCCGACUCCUACUCCUCAACCUCCGACCUUUUACUCGGGUCUGGGCCCCACAAUGCCCGGCGACAAGCCGAGGGUGGUGGUCCUGGGUUCGGGCUGGGCCGGGUGCCGGCUUAUGAAAGGAUUGGACACCGAGCAAUACGACAUCGUCUGCGUGUCGCCGAGGAACCAUAUGGUGUUCACGCCGCUGCUGGCGUCCACCUGCGUCGGAACUCUGGAGUUCCGGUCCGUAGCCGAGCCCAUUGCGAGGAUCCAACCCGCCAUUUCGAGAGAAACCGGGUCGUAUUUCUUCCUAUCCAACUGUAUCGGCCUCGAUUCUGAUAAGCAUGUGGUGAAAUGCGAGACGGUAACUGAUGGAGCUGAACCCUUGAAGCCAUGGAAGUUUGAAAUUGCGUAUGACAAGUUGGUAAUUGCUUUGGGAGCAAUGCCAACCACUUUUGGCAUACAAGGUGUACAUGAACAUGCAAUUUUUCUUCGUGAAGUCUCUCAUGCCCAGGAAAUCCGUAGGAAGCUGCUCCUAAACUUGAUGUUGUCGGAUGUGCCUGGUGUUUCAGAGGAAGAGAAAAGCAGACUCCUACACUGUGUUGUUGUUGGAGGUGGUCCCACAGGAGUUGAGUUCAGCGGUGAACUUAGUGACUUUAUUCAGAGAGAUGUUCAGGAAAGAUAUGCUCAUGUGAAAAAUUAUAUUCAUGUUACCUUAAUUGAGGCAAAUGAGAUUUUAUCAUCAUUUGAUGAUCGGCUGAGGCACUAUGCUACGAAACAACUGACGAAGUCAGGAGUUCGUCUUGUCCGUGGGAUCGUUAAGGAUGUCAAGGAUAAGAAAAUAAUUCUUAAUGAUGGCACAGAGGUUCCUUAUGGUCUUUUGGUAUGGUCUACCGGUGUUGGUCCAUCAUCUUUGGUGAACUCAUUGCCGCUUACAAAGUCUCCUGGUGGAAGGAUUGGUGUUGACGAGUGGCUGCGUGUUCCUGACGUGCAGGAUGUGUACUCAAUUGGAGACUGUAGUGGUUUUGUUGAAAGUACCGGAAAACCAACUCUUCCAGCCUUGGCCCAGGUUGCAGAGAGGCAAGGAAAGUAUUUGGCCAAUUUACUGAACAAAAUUAGCAAAGCUGGUGGAGGACGUGCCAACGCUGCAAGAGAGUAUAAAUACGAGGAACCAUUUGUGUACAAGCAUUUAGGAAGCAUGGCGACUCUAGGGAGAUACAAGGCUCUUGUGGACCUCAGACAGAGCAAGGCGGGUAAAGGCGUAUCUAUGGCUGGGUUCUUCAGUUGGUUUGUUUGGCGCUCGGCAUAUUUAACCCGAGUCAUAAGCUGGAGGAACAGAUUCUAUGUGGCGAUCAAUUGGCUUACAACAUUUGUGUUUGGGCGCGAUAUAAGCAGAAUCUAGAUUUGACAAGGAAACGAAGAAACCUAGUAGCAUGAAUACUGCUACUAGGUGAUGCUGGCGGCGGAGGCUGAGACCAAACUACGGUGGGGCGGCGGUGAGUGCUGUGAUGGUUAAGGAUUGGAUUCAAUGGACGGUUGAUGGUGGCGGUGGCGAUUGAACCACUCCCACGGUAAAAUAAAAAAAUAAAAUAAAGUACUAAGAGAUGAUGUAGAUAUGAUAACGAUUGCCAUGUUUUGUUUCAUAUCAGUUGGUUUAGUUCAGUUUAUGACGUGGUGCUCUUAUACACUCUACUUCUAUUCAUUUCUAAGAACAUAUGGCUUUCGAACGACGGGGUUACACAAGAUGUUCUUGCUGUUUAUAGUUUAUAGGACAUAUAUCGUGCCUGUUUAUAUAAAUACUAAUGUGAUUUGGUUUUCUUUCGGAUAUC